AAUAGCGUCGUAGGCGACGGCUAUAAAUGUCAGAAGUCGGUGUUUUUAAUCAAAGCGAAUUGUUACCGAAUUAAUGUUUUAAUUUAUAAUUUAUUUAAUAAAUAAUCUAUAAUUUAGGUAGUAACGUAUAGAAAAGUGUUCAUUUCACGAAUGUUCGAAACCGUCAUAAAACAUUAUUUAUAUUAAUUGAUAACCUAUAAAAUUCACAUGGCGAAAAUCAGUGUGACCAAUCCUGUGCAGGCAGCCAUUAUUAAGAAACAAAAACGAAAACCUAAACUAAGUAAAAGUAAAUCUAAAAAUAAAGUGACAAAUCUGAAACCUUUAGACACGGCACAAGUUUCAGCCUCUCUGAAUACAACAGAGGUUGACAACAAGGAUACAAUUGACACUGCUGUUAAGAACAAUGAUAAUAAAAAGGUUGUGCCAAGUAUGUCUGCAGAGCAGUUUGCUGAGAGAUUCCCUGUGUUUAAGGAUGAGGAAUUAAUCAAAAAAUUUCUUGGUGUGAGCAUGACAAAUAAUCAAAAAGGUAGAAUCAGACAAACUCUAAGAGACAGUCUCAAAGGAACUGCAGAAGAAUUACUACCAGAUGUCAUACAUAGCCGCGUACAAUAUAUAGUCAAAGAGACGGCUGCCCUAACAGAUGCAGAGUUAAGGAAGAUUCGUAUACUGUAUAAUAUGCUCAAAACUAUAGCAGAAACAAAACCUACAGAUACAAAAGUAAAGAAAAAUAAGAAAGGGAAGAAAAAAAAUGAUAAAAGAAAGAAUGGGACAGAAACAAAAGAAGAAAAUACAGAUAAUAUAGAUGAAGAAAUCAAAGAUACAGAAGAUAUCAAUGAACUCAAAGAUAUAAAUGAAACAGCAGUGAAACAAGACGAGGAUGUUAAAACAGAUGUAAACAUAGAUAAAGAUAAAAAGCAAGAUAAAAUUAAAGGGCCCAAAAGAUAUGUUGUGUUUGUUGGAAAUUUACCUUUAGACGUUGAUAAAGAAAACAUUAUGAAACAUUUCAAAGAGUUUAGAGACAACAUUGUGGAUGUAAGAAUCCCGAAGCAGAAGGAAGGCAAAAAGAGCAGCAUCGCUUAUGUGGAGUUGAAGAAUGAACUUUGUUACGAGUUGGCACUGUCGAAACACCAUUCCAUGUUUGCCAACAAGCGGAUCAACGUUCUGUACACAGCACAGCAGAAUAGCAAAGUCAGCAAGACUGAAGCAAAGGGCAAGGCGGCGAAACUCGUGGCGUUACAGAAGUCCGGAAAACUGGCGGGCAGUAUACCUCUGAACAGGAAGCGAAGCCAACGUCGUAUGAAGGCGAAACUGGCCAAUGCGAAGCAAGAAGCCGACGCGUGAAAUCUCGACCAUAUAAACUAGUCAUAAUAAAUAAUGUUUUCUUUCUUCGAAUAAAAGUAUAUUGUCUAAUA